AGGUGGGAGCACGCGUGGAAUGCGUGUUCACGAGACUUUUUGUGGAAAGUGCACGUCACCAGCAGCAGACACCCUUGGCUCCACGCUAGCGUACCUUCUUGGGGGACUAUUACUUUUUUUUCCUCUUAGAGACGCCGAAGAGUGUCUUGCAGCUCACGUUAGUGUGUCGCAUCGGCACUGCGGUCCAACAUGGCUGAGGUGGCGCAGGGAGAGGCUGUGAUCGCCCACGACAUGGAAGAUGUGGCAGCAGCUAAAAAUGAGCACAAUGUGAGCGAUGCGGACGGCCAGGAAGAGGUGGACGAGACGGCCAAAAAGGCCGACAAGAAGGCCGUGAACGGGGUGGAUGGGAAAGACAAGGCCUGCGGUGGCGAUAAGAACAGAAGAAGGAAAACCGCCAGUGCCGUGGAGAAGCACAACGCGCAACCUAAUACAAAUGCCAAUGACAACAUUUCCGAUUUGAUGCUUAAAAAGGAGCUCUCUUCCAUCUUUGUUCAACUCCAGAAACUGAUGAGGUCCAGGAAGCCCGUGGCCAGAAGCUACGUUCCCAAUCUGACCAAAGAGAAGAGUGACGUGUCCAACAAGUUUGAGGCCAUGCAGAAGGCAAGGGAAGAGCGCAGCAGGCAGAGGAACAGGGACGAGCAGCAGAAGAGGAAGGAGCAGUACAUCAAGGAGAGGGAGUGGAACCGCAGGAAGCAGCAGAUAAAAGAGCUUCUCGCUUCCAGUGAUGAGGAGGAAGAGGUGAAGCCCGCCAAGGUGGAAAAGUCGUACGUCCCCAAAAUCACAGGUAGCGUGAAGGGGAAGUUUGCUGAGAUGGAAAAGCAAAGGCAGGAGGGCGAGAGGAAGAAGAUGGAAGGCGAGAGGAAGAGGAGGGAAGCCCAGGAUAACAUGGAGAAGGAUAAAAUCAAAAGGGAAUUGGCCAAAAAGGCAGUGGAGGAAGGAGAUGACACCAUCCUGGUAAGGGUGGUUCCUACCAAGUCAUCACGAACCCCGGGCAGAAUCACAAUGAACUUUGAAGACAUGGAGAAGAGUCGAGAGGAGGAACUGAAGAAGGCGGCGGAGGACGAGAAGAAGAGACGAUACGAUGAAAACAAACGCUCCUUCAGGGAAGCCAAGCGGCGCUCCGUUGUCCCGCAGGAGGAAGAGGACAAGCCGGUGGAGAAGACGCAGGUGACUCCGGGAAAGCUGAAGCUGACAUUUGAGGAAUUGGAGCGGGAACGGCAGGAGCAGAGACAGAAGAAAGCUGAGGAGGAAGCCAAGCGUCGUCUGCAGCAAGAGAAGAAAGGUUUUGAGGAGGCCCGACUGGGAUUGGAUGAAGACGAGGAAGAGCAGUCCCCAGCUCAGGACGACAAGGAGGACUUCCGACCCGGAAAACUGAGGCUGAGCUUUGAAGAACUGGAAAGGCAAAGGGUGGAGGAGGAACGCAAGAAGGCUGAGGAGGAGGCCAAGAGACGGAUGGAGGAGGAGAGAAGAGCUUUCGCUGAAGCCAGGAAAAGCAUGCUCAUCGACGAGGAUGACGAGGUUCUGAUGGCCUUGCUGAACCUGGAGGGCAGCGAACCCGGAAAGCUCUGUGCCAGUUUUGAGGAGCUGGAACAGCAGAGAAGAGAGGAAGAGCAGAAAAAGGCGGAGGAGGCGGCCAAGAAGAGACUGGAAGAGGAGAAGAAGCUCUUUGCUGAGGCCCGCAAGAGCAUGGUCUCGGAUGAUGAAGGCGUGCUGGUGAAAAUGGACUCGCAGGAGGCACUGCACCCCAGGAAACUGGAGAUCAACUUUGAGGAGCUGCUCAAGGAGAAGGAGGAAGCCGAAAGGAGGCGCAAGGCGGAGGAGCGCAAACAGAAACUGGAGCUGGAGAAGCAGGAGUUUGAACAACUCAGACAAGAGAUGGGCGAGGACGACAUCAACGAAAGCUCCAACAUUGUCAACAGAGAGUACGAAGAGCUGACCAAGCUCAAGAGGACGGGCUCCAUCCAGGCCAAGAACCUCAAGUCCAAGUUUGAAAAGAUCAAGCAGCUGACUGACGAGGAGAUCCAGAAAAAGAUUGAGAUGGAGAGGGCUCGGAGGAAGGCCAUCGAUGAUGAAAUUAAAGAGAGAGAAGCUGAGCGCUUCCAGGAGGAGGAUGAAGAAGGUCAGAUGACCUCUGCAAAGGCUGAGGAGUCUCCGUUCAAGCAGAAGGUGGACAUGAAAGCCAGGUUUGAACAAAUGGCCAAAGCCAGAGAAGAUGAGGAGAGGAGGAGGAUAGAAGAACAGAAGCUCCAGAGAAUGCAGUUUGAGCAACAGGAGAUCGACGCUGCCCUCCAAAAGAAAAAGGAUGAUGACGUAGACGAAGAGUCGAGCAUCAUCAAUGGCUCCUAUGAGGAUGAUGAAGAUCACGCCAGAUCGGGCGCGCCGUGGUUUAAAAAGCCUCUGAAGAACCAAUCGGUGGUGGACUCGGAGCCCGUCCGCUUCACCGUCAAGAUCACAGGGGAGCCCAAACCGGAGGUGACCUGGUGGUUUGAGGGAGAGAUGCUCCAAGACUGUGAAGACUAUCAGUACAUCGAGAGGGGAGAGACGUCCUGCCUCUACCUGCCCGAGACCUUCCCGGAGGACGAGGGCGAGUACAUGUGCAAGGCUGUCAACAGCCGAGGCACGGCGGCGAGCACCUGCAUCCUCACCAUAGAAAGUAAGACCACCCUGGUGUGACUCGCAUGCCUGCAUGAAAUCUCCUCUUUGGGACGGAAGUGGACCGCAUGCUCCUCCUCCUGGUGAACUGAGCGACCCAUGUGGGUAACCCUCUCUUUCUGUUUUUCAGCAUAUGACGACUGAUGCUCUGCCACCUGCUGGAAACUUUCUCUGUUGUCUCUUGCUCCUUUUGUAAAACCUCAUCUGUCCCUCAUAGUCUGGUACACAGAAGCAAACGGCAGCGUGCUCAGCAUUCCUGAGGGAGGGACACCACACCAAAAAAUGCCCAAUGUUUACGCUUUCAUCCGUUGUGAAGCUGCACUCCCUGGUAGUAUGCCAUAGGACAUGACCUGUGCCAAAAUGAUCUAGUCGAAAGUCCCAUUGGGUUGCCAUGUGACAAACAUAUUGGGUAACGUUUCAGCAAGUCAGCCAUGUUGGUCGUGUGUGUCUCCAGUAUGUCAACAUAGCAUAAAGAGCUGACAUUGACACACACGUGAUGACAAGGUCAACAGCGGCAGCGUGCUUCCCAACGUGAGCAUCCUCAUUUCAAUUCAAGCUCUUUUGCUUUUUCAUUCUCUGUAACGCCACCUUUUUCCUUUUUAAGUUAUUUUAAGUGUAAUACUGACGGUACAUUUGAUGUUCUGUUGUGCUGGACAGGAGGUAACUUUCUGGGUUGAUAAAAAUACAAAACACACACGCUCGCAUUCUUAUGUGUCAUUUGUGAUGAAAGACAUGUUUUAAUAAAAUGAAC